AUAGGGAUACUGCACAAAACCAUCCUCUCCUCAAAGAAGACAGAGAUUAAGAAAUUUCCACCACAUCACCAUCACUCAAACAUGGCCCUCCGCACCCUCGGCCCCAAAGCCGCCGCCGCGCUCGAUGAAGAGCUCAUGUCAACCGGCGCCUUCACCCUCUCGCAACUAAUGGAACUCGCCGGCCUCGCCGUCGCCCAAGCCCUACACACACUCUCUCCACCAAGCACAACGCCGCGUGUACUCAUCGCCUGCGGGCCCGGCAACAACGGCGGCGACGGUCUCGUCGCAGCGCGUCAUCUGGUGCACUUCGGCUACGCGCCGACAUGUUACUACCCGAAACAAGGCAAACACGAGCACUACUCUGCGCUGCGGGCACAGCUAGAGCAGUUGCGCGUUUCAUUUGUGCAGGACUUCCCGCGGGCGUUGGGCGAGGCGGAUUGUGUGGUCGAUGCGAUCUUCGGGUUUAGUUUCUCGGGUGAGGUGAGGGAGCCGUUUCCGGCGGUGAUUCGGGCGUUGGCGGAGACGAAGCUACCUGUGUUGGCGGUGGAUGCGCCGUCGAGUUGGAAUAUCGAGGAUGGGCCGCCGGGUGAGGGCGUUGGGAAGGAUUAUCAGCCUACUGCGCUGAUCUCGUUGACCGCGCCGAAGCCGUUGGUUAAGUUCUUCCGUGGGAGACAUUUUGUCGGCGGGAGGUUUGUCGGAAAGGAGAUUGCGGAGAAGUAUGGGUUCGAUCUGCCGCCGUACAAGGGAGCGGACCAGAUUGUGGAGAUUGGGCCCACGGGAGAAGAGCUAUGAGCUGUCUCGAUAAUGAUGCUGUGACCUCAGUCAAAGACCUCUCUCUCUUUCUUCCGAGAGUGAUUAAAUGCAACUGAAUAGGCUUUGUGCUGAUGCCGCUUCAGUAACGUCCCGUAUCUCGCCGUCUC